UCCACACCCUCGCUCAAUGCAUGGUUCUUGCGUCACCUGCGAUGUUCUCGCUUCACCUACCUUCGCAUUGUGGAACAUGUUCAAACAGCGUGGCAACGGAUUCACCCUGCGCUCCACCAACUCUCGGGUCAGCGCAAGGCUCGCCACAGGGCCAAACGCAGCUAA